GACAUUGAUUGGAGUAUCCAUUGCACUUUCGCUUUGUCCAAAAAGUUACAUCUCAAGACUAUAAGCUUGCGCCAACUAAUAAUUUUGAAAAUGAUUCCUUCUGGUAGAUAUACUGUCAUUGACGAAGAUAAUUUCCAGAAUUAUAUUAAAGCAGUGGGCUUUGAUGGUAACUAUGUAAAAUAUACAAUCGAAUUUCAACAAGAUGGAGAUAAAGUGAAAAUGCAUGAAUUUUUUGGUGAUAAAUCUCUUGUAAGCGAAUUUACCAUAGGAGAAGAAUUUGAAGAAAUGAGUAUCAUUGGAAAAAAAGUUAAGAGCAAAGCCAUUCUCUUCGAAGACGUUCUUAUAAUGAGAAGUGAUGAUCGCACCAUAAUAUACAACUUUAAACCAACGGGAGGAGAAAUUAUCCACAUAGCACCUAAUGCCUUUGGAAAGCUUAUAUUCAAGAAGGACGAAUAAUAUGCUGGAUAAUGUAAUACAAAUUCAUACAUAAAACAAAUGAACAUGUUUUAUUAAUAUAUCAUUACAAAUAAAAUAAUAAUACAUACAGUGUGGUGAAAAUGAAAGAAAUAAAUUCGUUAUAUCGUAAACCGGCGACUUUACGGAAAAAUCCCGAAACAGGUCGAUUUUUAUUUUUAAAUUAUGAUUUUUUGGCAUAAUACAUAAAUCGCACGAGUGACGUCAUCCAUCUGGGCGUGAUGACGUAAUCAAUGAUUUUUUUUUAAAUAAGAAUAGGGGUCGGGUGCUAGCUCAUUUGAAAGGUUAUUCAAUUCUCUAGCCAGUAAUAUAAACAUCAUUAUUUAUACAGGGUAUCCAAAAACAAUUUUUAUAAAUUAAAUUAAUUGACAGAAAAAGAAGAAUGUAUGUAAUUUUUUAAUUCAAAAUAAAUUUACUACUCUCAGCAAAAAGGAAAAAAAAACAUUGUUUUUCGCUUAAAUUAAAUGUUCAAACUUCCAAAAAGCAGAUGCCUAGCGGGUGCUGGUUUGAACAUUGAAUUUAAGCGAAAGUCAACGUUUAUUUUUCAAAUAAACAUUUUUUUUUUUUGUUUUAUUAUAAGAGUAAAAAGUAUUUUGAAUUAAAUAAAUUACGUACAUUCUUCUUUUUUUUGUCAAUUAAUUUAAUUUAAAAAAUUGUUUUUGGACACCCUGUAUAAAUAAUUAUGUUAAUGUUUACAUUACUAAAUAGAGAAUUGAAUAACCUUUCAAAUGAGCUAGCACACAGCCCCUAUUCUCAUUUAAAAAAAUCAUCGAUUACGUGAUCACGCCCAGAUAGAUAAAGUCACUUAUAUACGUACAAUAUCGAAUUUAUUCCUUUCGUUUGCACCAUACUGUAUAUUAAAUUAUAAUAACAUAUAAAACUUCUUUAAUAAAAUGUACACCUAAGUAG